GAGAGCGACUGAGACUGGCGUCGGGAAUGAUAGCUGGGGAGGCUUAAUGGCUUAAUGGUGUAAUAUGAAUGCCAUAAAAUUACUGCCAGCAACCUGGAUAAAAAGGAAGACAAUGAGAGAACAAAUGGGAAAGAGAAACGGCGAAAGGGAGAUAAGAGCACUUGGUUUUUAAUAGAUUGUCGGCGUUUUAAGAAGAGUGGCUUAUAGCAGUGGGGGGUUUGAACAGUGGUUUACAACGCGGGAUCGCACAACGUUUGGAAUACAGCGAUGACCACGACACAGAGACACGUCGAAAUUAUUUUUGAGGCAGGGUGUUCGACUGUGCGUAAAGGAUGUCUUGUAAUUGUAAGCUGUAUGUGAGUUUUUGACUUCGCCCAGGUAAAAUGAUGCACUUUCAUUGAUGGGACAAGCGGACGCGCGGCACCUUAACUGCUACAGUACCAGUUACGCGAGCCCUUUUUGGCCAAUGGAGACUUGUACGGCUCGGACUGGGUACAGAUUGAUACCGAGAGCGCUUUGACGGACAGGUGCAGCCCGGAGCAGCAAUAAACUCCCGCGCGGCAGCGCCGGCGGUCUGGAAUUCUGCAAUAAGCGACAGAUAAGAGCAAUAAAUUUAGUGGUAAAUAAGUAAUCCAUCGCGCCAUGGGCGAUGAUGCGACUAACUUCGGGGGAAUCAGCGCGGGCGACUGUCUCCCUUCAUCCGCUGCGCGGAUACGUUAGCCGUUUGCGAGGCUGACUGUCAGCGCAAAGAGAGAGAGAAAAAACCAUCAGUUUUUAACAAAAAUAAAUAAAUAAAAAUAAAAGUUUCAAUUCUGAGUCUGAUCGACAAGCAAUUGGAUCUCAAACGGAAUUAGCACUGUGAAUGAUUUGUGUUCUUAAAUAUUUUUACCAGUCUAUUGAUAAAACAACAUUUAGCUGACAGCGAUUGGUACGCUUAAAAAUCAUAUGCCAUUGCCGGGUUUAGAAUGAACCAUGGAAAUAGACAUAUUUAUUUUGUCAUUGAAAUAUUAUAUAGCCAAAUAAUCGAACUUGGCUCCCGUGCCUAUACUUAGCUAUAAUAGCCUAUUUACUUUUGAGCGUAUUAAUAACCACGCUCUGAUGGAGCCCCCGUCUUGCUCGAAGAAGAGCUUGUCUCUCUCGCUGCCCGUUCCGCGGGAAGGGCACGCGACCCUGAGACCCCCGCAGCACCUCUGGAGACAGCCACGGACCCCCAUCAAAAUUAAACACCGCGGGUACUCGGACACGGACCGGCAUCACCAUCCACAGAUAGAGCGCUCCAACGCGGUGGACACGACCGACCGCCCGGGGCUUAAGACGUCUCGGAUGACCUGGCCCGCUUCCUUUCACGGAACAACUGGCACGUCCGGCGGCAACAACGCGGGAAAUAAACGUUUUGAUGUGGAGAAUGGCUCCUCUCCGGGUGCUCUGGAUUUGCAGGCGAGUCCAGGGCUGGUCCUGCACCCCUCCUUCCCCCAAAGUCAGCGGCGGGAGUCCUUCCUGUACCGCUCUGACUCUGACUACGACAUGUCCCCCAAAACCAUGUCCCGCAACUCCUCCAUCACCAGCGAGGCGCAUGCAGAGGAUUUUAUUGUCACCCCUUUUGCUCAGGUGUUGGCCAGUCUUCGGUCUGUCAGAAGUAACUUCACCAUCUUGGCAAAUGUCACCACCCCCACUAACAGGAGGUCACCUAUGGGUAGUCAACCGACAGUUCCCAAGGCAACGUUGUCAGAGGAGACCUAUCAGCAGUUAGCGCGGGAGACCCUGGAGGAGCUGGAUUGGUGUUUGGACCAGCUGGAGACUAUUCAGACUCACCGCUCAGUCAGCGACAUGGCCUCUACCAAGUUCAAGAGAAUGUUAAACCGGGAGCUGUCUCACCUGUCUGAAAUGAGUCGCUCUGGAAACCAGGUGUCAGAGUACAUAUCCAGUACCUUCUUAGAUAAGCAGAAUGAGGUGGAGAUCCCGUCCCCCACGGGAGAGCGGGAGAAGCCCAUGUGUCACAUCAGCGGCGUGAGGAAGCUCACCCACAGCUCCAGCCUCUCCAACUCCACCCUGCCUCGCUUCGGAGUGCAGACUGAGCAGGAGGAAGCGCUGGGCAAGGAGCUGGAUGAUUUGAAUAAGUGGGGUUUGAAUAUCUUCCGUGUUGCAGAGUUCACCAACAACAGACCCCUUAGCUGCAUCAUGUUUGCCAUCUUCCAGGAGAGAGAUCUGUUGAAGACAUUCCGAAUUCCAGUGGACACUUUCAUCACAUAUGUGAUGACCCUGGAGGACCACUACCAUUCCAACGUGGCCUACCACAACAGCCUACAUGCUGCUGAUGUCACACAGUCCACGCACGUGCUUCUGUCCACCCCAGCCCUCGACGCUGUUUUCACAGAUCUGGAGAUCCUGGCUGCUCUGUUUGCUGCAGCGAUCCAUGACGUGGAUCAUCCCGGAGUCUCCAACCAGUUCCUCAUCAACACCAACUCUGAGCUGGCGCUGAUGUACAAUGAUGAGUCAGUUCUGGAGAACCAUCACCUGGCCGUGGGCUUCAAGCUGCUGCACGAGGAGAACUGCGACAUCUUCCAGAACCUGAGCAAGAGGCAGCGACAGAGCUUGCGCAGGAUGGUGAUUGACAUGGUGUUGGCUACAGACAUGUCCAAACACAUGAGUCUGCUGGCUGACCUAAAGACGAUGGUGGAGACCAAGAAAGUGACAAGUUCAGGAGUGCUUCUGCUGGACCACUACACUGACCGCGUACAGGUCCUGCGGAACAUGGUGCACUGCGCAGACCUGAGUAACCCCACCAAGCCGCUGGCCGUGUACAGGCAGUGGACUGAGCGCAUCAUGCAGGAGUUCUUCCGCCAGGGAGACAAAGAGAGGGAGAGAGGCAUGGAGAUCAGCCCCAUGUGCGACAAACACACUGCGUCUGUGGAGAAGAGCCAGGUGGGCUUCAUUGACUACAUCGUGCACCCCCUGUGGGAGACGUGGGGGGACCUGGUGCACCCCGAUGCCCAGGACAUCCUGGACACCCUGGAGGAGAACCGGGACUGGUACCAGAGCACUAUCCCCCAAAGCCCCUCCCCUCCCCCAGACGUCCCGGACAAGGAGCUGGGCGCCUGCGGGGACAAGUUUCAGUUCGAACUGACCCUGGAGGACGAGGGGGAGGGGCAACCCAACCACAACCACUUAGGGGAGACCUGCGAUGACCAGGAGGAGGAAGAGGAGGAGGGGGAGGAGAGGGAGGGGGAGGGAGAGCCAGGGCUGGAGGAAGAGCAGGAAGGAGAAAAUGAGGAGGAAGAGGAGGGGGAGGAAAUGAAAGAGGAAGAAGAGGUAGAAGAAGAAGGUGCAAAGGAAGAAGAAAAAGAGGAAGAGGAGGGAAAAGAGCAGGAGGAAGUGGAGGGUAGAGAGGAGGAAGGGGUGGAGUGCGAGCAGGUGGGAGAGAAUGGACUCUCAGAUGAAGGCCAUGAGGAAGAGGAGGAGAAUGACACAUGAGGAAGAAUCACACUCAAUAGUCUCCCCCCACCCUCGCCCUUUAUACACACAAACACACACAGCCACACCACCCCUCAUACCUGCAAGCCCCACCCCUCUCAACUGCCACGCCCCUCCAUCCACCUUCUGCCACUGCCCUUGACUGGGAAGAAUAGGUGUACAUGGUCGGGGGGGGUGGGGUCUAGAGUGUCUGUGGGCGUGAGUUGUACAAAGGGGUGUGUUUACCUGUGUGUGUGAGGAGUGGGUGUUUAUCAGCAUAGGUGGAUUUAGAAUAUAUAUGGCACAGGGUUGGCUGUAUGAUGUUUAGACUGUGUGUGGUGGGGGUAGAUUGUGUUUGUGUAUGUACUUGUGUGUGUGUGUGUGUGUGUGUGGGGGGGGGGGAUCUGUAGUCAGGGUACUGCUGGGGGAUGCAGGAAAGUUCACUCCACCCCAGCCAUGGAGGACAAAACAAGUGUGACAAAAAAUAAUGACGCUUAUUGAUAAAAAAAGACAUUUAUUUUUUAAAAAACGGGAACAAAAUAUGAACAAAACUAUUUACACAGCAGCUGUAGAUUUGGAUUGUGUUGGCGCCACACAGUGGUCUUUCUGAGGAACUGCACCUGGGGAAGAGCAUUAUUUUAUCGCCAUUGAAGACAAUGUAGCACUCUGGACUCAACACACACAUGCACACACGCGCACACACACAUACACACACACACACACACACAUGUUUGUGCAUACAUGUGUAUACUCUCAAUCUUAUGUUCACAUGUACACUCGCAUUUGUACUCAAACGCACAUACACGCUCACAAAUGCAAACACACUCGUUCGCACAUUCAGUUGUGCGCAUGCUGUAUACUCAGAAACACGCGUACAGGUGUACUUGCUCUACUUGCUCAUGCACAUGUAUUUCUGUGUGUGUGUGUGUAUAUUUCGGACGGACUGGGGAAAAGCCAUCUGUAUAUUGAGUGUCAAUGUGUAGGACUGACUCAUCUUUCUCCGCGUGGAGCUCCACUCGGAACGCCACCCGGAACUCCACCCUGGAACUCCGCCCAGUUUUCCCAAGCAGUUGUGUGCCGAUCGUUUUUUUUUUUUUAUUGUUUGUUUGUUUGUUUUUAAAUAGGAUUUUCUAUUUUUCUCAGAAUAAGAAGAAGCUAAGCCAGAGGACAUUAUUAUUAUUAUUUUUGUUAAAUGAGGGCUAGGAGAUGAGAGGAAGAGUACCCCUACCCCCUUUCAACCCCCCCCCCCCCCCCCCCCAGACACCGCCCUUUUCCAUUUUACCAGCAGUGCUACCAGUGCAAUAUGGCCGCGUGCCUUUCUGAAGGACCAAUGACGGCUUUACCUUGGAACCGUGGGAGCACAAUGGCUUGUGGGAAAGGAGAGGUCCGCGUGGUUUGCUGUUGUCUAUUCUUUUUGAUCGUGACGUUUCAAGCUCCUCCUGUGCUGUCUGUUAUUACUGUCAUAUUUACUCUCUGUGGGGAAAAAAAAAUAACUCCACAGUAAGUCUUCCUCC